GGCCGCCCCUUCCCCGCCACGCGCGCACAAAGGCGACGGGGCCGCGGCCGGCGGGGGAGGCGCGGGCCCUCCAUGGCGCAGGCGCCGCCGCCGCCGCCGCUCAACCUGCUCGAGCCGGGCUGCCCCAUCCAGGUGGAGCACGAUCGGCGGAGGCGGCAGUUCACCGUCCGCUUGAACGGCUGCCAUGAUAAAGCCGUCCUGUUGUAUGAAUACGUAGGAAAGAGGGUGGUGGAUCUGCAGCAUACGGAAGUCCCAGAUACCUACAGGGGAAGAGGAAUCGCAAAACAUCUGGCCAAGGCUGCCUUGGAUUUUGUGGUGGAGGAAGAUUUGAAAGCCCACCUCACGUGUUGGUAUAUUCAGAAAUACGUCAAGGAGAACCCACUACCACAGUAUCUGGAACGUUUACAGUCCUAACCCAGGCAGGCAGGAGAACCUUGUUUGAAGAUGGGAGCCAGGCCUGCUGCUGACUCGCCUUUGCCUCCAAGCUGUCGUGGGGACCCCUGACCGGCCUCUGCACACGCUCAAGAGUUCCUACUUUUGAAAAGACCAAACGUCGUUUCUGAAUGAUGCUUCCAACCAGCUCUCGUGAGCGUUUGGCUGACCUGGAAUUUUAUGGUCUGCCUUGGCCUUCUCUUCCUCGGGAAACCGCAAGGUGUAAAACUAGACCUCCUGCCAGUUUUAUUAACUGUUGGCAAUAGAAGGGAUGGGGUGGGUGAGGUUUUCCUCCCCAAAGGAAUGAGCAUUGAGCAGAAGUAUGUGAGCUUGGCAGCUGUUUACUUGUUAACCUGGAGCAGCAUUGAGAAGACGAAAGCCAAGCUAUGGGCCUCCAAGGUGGUCUUGGACACCUGGCGACGCUGGCCAGGUGGGAGUGUGCCAGCUAGACUUAAAGGCGAAAGCAAGAUGCUGAAUGCAAUAAAUGUGCUCUGGCAAUGAGAUCUCACGGCCCCGGCAUGCCUGCCAAAACAUGGACUGAAGUGGAGAAAGGACUGAACUGCAGAGGGUAAUAUGAUGGUCUGUUUUUUGCGGGGAGGGGGGUGAAUGAGAGGGUCAGGCGGAUUCCGCUGAGAACUUCAGAGGAAAGGGGCUGGCAUAGUUUUUUACAAUAUUUUGGGGGAACCUCCCUCCCCCCUUGAUUUUUUCUUCUCUGGUGGGGGAGGUUUCCCCUUGUAUGGAAGAAGAAGAAAAUCAAGGUGAAAGGAUAGAGAGAUGGACACAGUGAAGGGAACAGUGUGGUGCAUCUGCUGAACAAAUGGUGGGCAUCUCCAGUCAGGGCAGAGCCUUUUCUCCUCAAGCCAUUUUUUUUAAAGAUCCAUCAUGCAGACAGCGUGAGUGAGGUGGAAUCCUACAAAUGGAACGGCCAGGAAUCUGGUGGGAUGAAACAGGAGGUUCAGUUAGAAGGGCGGAUUUGAGUUGAACUGGCAAACUGGUUCAAAAAAAAAAAAAAGAGGGGACUGGUACAAAAUGUUUCGACUCUGGUGGGAACUGUUGGCGUUCUAGCUGUGAUCAAACUCUUUAACUUCUCCCAUCUUCUGCUUCUGGCCAGGGCGGCUGGGGCUGCUGGGAACAGUAGCCAGAAAUAUACAGAGGACCGCUGAUUGGAUUGUUUAAACAGAACGUAUCUGUGGGU